AUGGUAAAGUUACUUAAUGUAUUAAUUUAAAACAUUUUCCUUAUUGCUACUGCUGUUAAUCCAUCUGGACUUAAUUGGGUUGGACAAUAAAGUAAUAAUUUAGUAAUUUAUUUAUAUUUAUAAAUAAGAUUAUUGUUUAUGAUAAGAAAGCUGAAAAUUUUAGAAUGAAUAGAAAGAAGAAUUUUAAAGGUCAUGUGUCUGCAGGAUAUGCAUGUGGAGUUACAUUUUUAGCUGAUGGUUAAAUUUUAGCAUCGGGUGAUUCUGAAGGUAGAGUAUUCUUUUGGGAUUGA